AUGAGCGGCGACAAGACCAUCUUCAAGGCCACCUACUCGGGCGUGCCCGUCUAUGAGUGCAUCAUCAACAAUGUCGCAGUCAUGAGGAGACGCUCCGACAGCUGGCUCAAUGCAACCCAGAUCCUCAAGGUCGUCGGUCUCGACAAGCCGCAGCGUACCCGUGUGCUCGAGCGAGAGAUUCAAAAGGGUGUCCACGAAAAGGUACAGGGCGGUUACGGAAAGUACCAGGGCACUUGGAUCCCCCUCGACAUUGCCAUCGAGUUGGCAGAGCGCUACAACAUCCAGGGUCUUCUCCAGCCUAUCACCUCCUACGUCCCAUCAGCUGCCGACUCGCCGCCUCCCGCUCCCAAGCACACCAUCUCUACCUCCAACCGUACCAAAAAGGUUCUGCCCGCCGAUGCAGGCGCUCUCGGCCGCUCACGACGCGCUACUAGCAUCGAGACCGAGUCCGAGGCAGUCGGUGCUACCCAGAACAACGCUUCCGAGGGCAGCAUGAGCCCGUCUCCCAGCGACAUCAGCAGCUCGUCUCGCACACCCAGCCCUUUGCCUGCUGACCGUGCCAACGCUGCCUUUGCCAACCAGUCUACUGCCGGCUUCAAUGGUCGCGAAUCCAACAACCAGGCCAGAUACGCCGACAUUAUACUUGACUAUUUUGUCACCGAGAACACCACCGUCCCCUCGCUCCUCAUCAACCCUCCGCCCGACUUCAACCCGGACAUGAGCAUCGACGACGACGAGCACACCGCUCUCCACUGGGCUUGCGCCAUGGGUCGCAUUCGUGUCGUCAAGCUUCUCCUUUCAGCUGGCGCAGACAUCUUCCGCGUCAACACAAACCAGCAGACCGCACUCAUGCGCGCCACCAUGUUCUCCAACAACUAUGACCUGCGCAAGUUCCCCGAACUCUUCGAGCUGCUUCACCGGUCCAUCCUCAACAUUGACAGGAACGACCGCACCGUCUUCCACCACGUCGUCGACCUCGCUCUCAGCAGAGGCAAGCCGCACGCUGCACGCUACUACAUGGAGACCAUGAUCAACCGCCUCGCAGACUACGGAGACCAGCUGGCCGACAUCCUCAACUUCCAGGAUGAUGAGGGCGAGACGCCACUCACCAUGGCUGCCCGCGCUCGAUCCAAGAGGCUCGUCAGACUGUUGCUCGAACACGGUGCCGACCCCAAGAUCCGCAACAAGGAGAGCAAGAACGCGGAAGACUACAUAAUCGAGGAUGAGCGCUUCCGAUCCUCGCCCUCGCGCACCGGUCCCGCCGGUAUCGAGCUCGGCGCGGACGGCUUGCCCAUGCUGCCCACCUCCUCCCUUCACACUUCCGAGGCGGGUCAACGCACCGCCGGCCGUGCUGUUACGCUCAUGAGCAACUUGCUGCACAGCCUCGCGGACAGCUAUGACAGCGAGAUUACCGCUGCCGAGAAGAAGCUCACGCAGGCCCACGGACUGCUCAAGCAGAUCCAGACCGAGAUUGAGGACAGUGCCAAGGUGGCCGAGGGUCUGCAUCACGAGGCCAAGGGUGUCGAGGAGGAACGCAAGCACGUCGAUUCGCUGCAGCUUGCGCUCAAGCACGGCAUCAACAAGCGCGCACGAGAAGACCUCGAGCGUCGCUGGACCGAGGGCAAGGAGGCGAUCAAGCGCGCGAGACUGCAAGCUGGUCUCGAGCCUGGAGCGCUCUCUGCCAGCAAUGCGGGCAACACUCUUGCUGGUGAAGCGGGCAAGGACGACGCCAAGAAGCUCCUCGACCCCCUGCCUGCAGGAACAGACCUCAAGACCGCCAUCGCUGAGCUCAAGCAGCAGCUCGGCCAGGUGCAGCAGCAGGAGAACCAGCUGGUGGACACCUUUGUCUCGCGCGCAAGGGAGCAGGGGACAGGACGAACCAUGGCUGCGUACAGGAGGCUCAUUGCAGCUGGAUGUGGUGGCAUCGCUCCGGAGGAGGUAGAUGCGGUGGUGGGGGUGCUGUGCGAGCUGCUGCAGGAGGGACACGCCGGUGCGGGAGCAGGCGCGGGUGGCGAGGGUGCGACGGGUGACGAGAGGGCACGGGAUGCGGCCAUGAUGUUGAAGGGCGCAGGGGCUGCUGCGCUUGCCGCGAAUGCGGGUGCCGCGUAA